AUGCGCCAUGCACUUCCGUUUCGCUUCCGCCAAUUCUCAAUUUCCGCCGUCAGCAGCGCCCCCGGAACCCUUCCGUCCCCCGCUUCCCCCGCUGCGUCCUCGUCCCCGUCCCUCUCCCCCCCCUCCUCGCCGUUGCCCACUCACGGGGAAGGGAUGGUUCUUGAGAGGGCGGCGGUUUUCACGGCUGAAUUCACGGCGCAUUACAUGAUGGACGGGGGAGUGGAGGAGGUGUUGGAUUCGCGUUUCUUCCACGUGGCAGCGACUGCCACGUCAGCUGCAGCCGCGUCGUUCCCGCCGGGAACGGGGCAGCAAAUCAGCACGCGCCACGUGGCAGGGCGCCGCGAUGGACAGCCCUCUGCGUCGUUUAGUGCCGGCGGCCGCGGCGAGUUAAUGGACACGGAUGUGAAAGACGACGGGAGCAAAGGCGGAGGGGAGGGCCGGGUGCUUGAAGGCGGAGGGGGAAGCUGGCAGGCGCAAGGGCAUACUGGGGAAGGGGGGGGAUCGGGGGAAGCGCUGGGGGAAAAAAGUCGUGCGCCAGAGGUGGAAUCGGCUCCCAGCCUUCAAUCGGAGCGCAGCAUGGCGGAACAUAUCGGGGCAGUGCGCGGAGACAUGCAGGGGGCGGGCGCGCGGGGGGGGAAGGGGGAGGCGGAAGUGGGGGAAAAGCGGGAAGGGGCGGGGAGGGAUGGGAACUGGGGAGAACCAGGGGGGAAUGGGGGGCGAGGGGAAGGGGCGGUGUGGGUAGAUGAUUUGGAUGGGAAGGGGUAUGUGAGUCUAGGUAAACCUACUAAUGUGGAGGUUGGAAGCACAGAAGGAUUGCUGGGGGACCUUGCACACGUGGCACCUAUGGAUAGGCUGGACUCUGCCAGGCUGGCAGAACCUGAACCUGAACCUGCUGCGGGGACGGGCGGCGAAACUGCCACCACCACAGCUCCAGACACGGACAAAACCGCCAGCUGUCCUCACGCUGCGACAGGACUGGUUGACGCGGGCGGCGGGAAGGUGGUGAAUGCGAUGGGGAUGAGAGUGAGAAUUAAAGCCGAGGCGGAGCAGACGGGUGGGUCUUACAGUGUGAUUGAGUAUGAAAUUCCGGCAGGGGAGGGCACAGAGGAGCACAUUCACACGCGGGAGCACGAGGCAUGGUUUUUGCUGGACGGGCAGAUGACGUGGACCAUCGAGAAAGAGACCUAUCAAGCCAGCCAGGGCAGCUUCAUGCAUAUGCCUCUUGGCCGGGCACAUUCUUUCCGCAACAAUUCCGACCGACCUGCCCGGAUGCUGGUGAUCUGUAUGCCGGGCGGGCUGGAGAAAUAUUUCUUGGAAAUUGGAGAUCCGGAGGAGGCAGCUGAAAGGGCACCUGAGCAAUCAUCUGGUGGUACUGUGCAUAAGCCUGUGGUGGAGCAGGCAAAGCUUCAGAAUGCAAUAAAGAAAGCGAUGCUCUACGGUCUAGUGUACCCUAAAGGCGCAGCGGCUUAG